UAAACAUUUAAAAAAAAAAAAACUGAAUUCAAGUAAUUAGGGUUUAGGUUUUGGUGAUGAUCUAAAGGCGUUUGAUUCAAUUUCAAAAGUUGAGACUAACAAUGUAUGGUCAAGAUGAAUCUUUGGAAGUGCCCGACCAAUACGCCGAACCCGAAGCAGGCGACCAAGCACCAGUUGUCGAAGAUUCCAUCAACGACCGUCAAGAUUCGUACGAAGCUCACCAACUUGACGGCGCCGUCAUCUCAGAUGUGUAUGCUAAUGAUGACUCGGAUUUGGCUAUACAGCCUACAGGUUGCUCGAAUCAACUCACCCUCUCCUUUCGUGGUCAGGUUUAUGUUUUCGACGAUGUCACAGACAGUAAGGUUCAAUCGGUGUUUUUACUUCUUGGAGCUUCAGAAGUUUCUUCUACUACACAAAACGCUGACUUAGGGUAUUCUAAUUCGAAUCACAGGGGUCCUACGGAAACUUCGAUGAGAUGCAGUCAACCUCAUAGAGUUGCCUCAUUGAUGAGGUUUCGUCAGAAAAGGAAAGAACGAUGCUUUGAUAAGAAGAUUAGAUAUGAUGUUCGUCAAGAAGUUGCCUUAAGGAUGGAAAGGAAGAAGGGACAGUUCUCUUCUUCGAAGAAGGCUAAAGUAUCUGGUAGCUCCAAUAGUGCUGAAGAGUCUGGACAAGAUGAUAAACCAUCUGAAAAUUUAUGCUCUCACUGUGGCACAAGUUCUAAGUCCACUCCUAUGAUGCGAAGGGGACCAGAUGGUCCUAGGACGCUUUGUAAUGCAUGCGGACUCUUUUGGGCAAGCAAGGGAUACAUGAGAGAUCUUUCGAAGCGAAUAAUACAUGAUAACACUCUCAAACCAAAUGAACAGGCAAAUUCACCAGCAAUGUAAUUCAAGGUUUGGCAAUUGGCAAUCGAUUCGAGUCUCAUCCAAUUUGUUCUUUUAUAGUUAUAAUUACUGGACUUUCUUUCCAUAACCGGUGACAACACCAUUCUAGAGUAGCCAUAGAAAGUUAAAUCGGUGCUGGAUGUAGAGUUUGAUCAAGCAUAGCAGGGAGACAAUGUGCCAAUCCUUCUCCCGGUUCUUUGAAAAACGAUUAGGGUCUGACUUGAAACUCUCGGUCUCCCACAUAUCAGUGUGAUGACUGAAGAAGAAAUCCCAAAAAGUAUUCUUACUGUACUAACUGUAUAGAUUACUUUUAUUUUCUUCUUCAUUAUUGAUGAUGGGAGUAUACUUUCAUUGCUGUUACUAUUUCUAUUUGGUGAAAUUUUAAUAUUUGAUCAUUGAAAUAUUUGGAUAACUAGUUUCAGUGUUCUUCA